AUGGUGUAUCUGGCCCUAAUGUAUGCUACUUGUUAUUUUAUUUUUUUUUCUUCACAAGUUGGCAAGUUUCUUCAAAUGUUAUGGGUCUGUAUAUUUCACAUAUCUUAUAUAUCUUUCCUGUAUGUGUGCAUGCAUGAAGUCGCUUCAGUUUUGUCUCUUUGUGACCCUGUGGACUGUAGCCCAUCAGACUCCUCUAUCCAUGGGAUUCUCCAGACAAGAAAACUGGAGUGGGUUGCCAUGCCCUCCUCCAGGGGAUCUUCCCAACCCCAGGGAUCAAAUCGGAGUCUCUUACAUCCCCUGCAUUGGAGGUGGGUUCUUUACUUCUAG